AUGCCGCUGGUGAAGAGGAACAUCGAGCCCCGCUACCUCUGCCGAGGGGAGCUCCCCGACGGGAUCGGCAGCGAGCUGGAGUGCGUGAUGAACAACACGCUCUCCGCCAUUAUCCGUCAGCUCAGCAGCCUGAGUAAGACACACAACGAACACACACUGUAGUCUCCGAGAGGACGAUUAAAAGUUAAAAGCCUGAAGUUUGAAGAAGCGGACACAAAUGAAGCUUUUGUCUGAACAUGAACACACACACUGAAAUGAGAGCAACUUCCACUUAUAACCCCAAGAGCUUCAGUAUGAAGACUGUCUCCUCUGUUUGUGUAGCCUCUUUGUAGCAGGACAAGAUCACAUGCUUUCAUCUGUAAUCCUAAAGCUGUGAUUGAUUUGGGGUUGUCAUGGUUACAGGGCCUGGGGUCACUGGGAUAGAAGCAGACUUACAGUGGCCUCGCGUUGGGAACACGCAGAGUUGAAAUGUAAUCCUUUUAGAUAGCUGGGCAAAAAUGAACUUAUCUUGACAGCUGUUUGCAGAUGGCCUGUAUUCGUGUGUGUGUGUUUGUACCCGUGUAUGUGUGUUAAUGUCUGAACCCAUGUGUGGUAACUGUAUUUGUGUGCAGGGCUAUUCUGUAUCGAUUGUCAGGCUCUCUGUAAAUGCACUGAUGGAGUUACAGCAUCUAUCUUCCGCUUGUAUGUCCCCAUUUAAUAACCCGUCAACAGUUUGUUUGUCCCCCUGUCAGUAAUUCUUUUUCCAAACAUUCUCAGCCACAUUUUUCUUUUCUCAAAUCGAGAGAGAAUUGAAGCCCGGCUAUUUUGCUGCUCUACGAUUUGGCCUGGUCGGACCCAUUCUCCGUCUGCCUCUUAUUGUGUCAAGUUCCUGCGUUGGGAGUGGGCCUUUCAACAGCAGCUGUGGGGGCUAUAUAUAAAUGCGCACGCAGGCCCUCGAGGGGAAAAUCUACAGACUACAUACUCCGUGCAUGUGUGUGUAUGUUUAUGUGUGUGCAAGCGGACUGAAAGGCUCCUCAAGAGGGGUCAGAGUUGACUCGGCCCAGCAUGCCAGAUCCGUAAUUCUUCCUUCCUCUAAAUAUUUUUCCUGCAGCCCAUCCUGUCAGCAGGAGGGACACAAAUAGCCCUGAGCGUGUGUUUGUGUGGGUUCGCCAUACUGCUUUUUAACGCACACCGCUCUAUAACCAAGCAUCAAUACCAGAGCAACAUGGAGACCAUUUUCGGAUUUGUUUUGACCUGCUGGAAUCCAAAAAUGAAUAAUUUUUGUCUAGAUUUUCAGAUUAUGUACGGCCAAGUUGAGAAAUCUUGUAAAAAAGUUCCUGUUGCUUUGACAACAGACCCGUGUAGAGUUUAUAGGUUACUAACCAGGAUCAUCUUUUAGGGUUAAAACACUGUAAAACAAUAACACCUCUAAAGGGGCUGUGAUCCAUUAGAAGGAUGUUCAACUUCAGCCCUGCUCUUUGUUGUAAAUCUUCAACCAAAAUCCAACCGUCUUCACCAUCUGCCAAGAAAGAAAACUGGAAGAACUUGUUUACAUAUAACAGUGUCAGGACCGGGACCCACACCGACAUCAGCACAUAUUCAGGCCCCAGGUUGCUUUCAUCAUUCCCGGAUUUAGGGUCUAAAUAAACUCUGACUAACUGAUCCCUGUAGUAAGUGGUGAUGAUCGUGUCAAAGGUGCAGUGUGUAGAAACAGGCAAACAAAAACAGUCUCUAUAUUAAGGUGAUGAUAAACGGAUUUAACUAUGAAUAUUAUUACCACUAAGUCUGUUGAUUGAAUACUUUUUAAUCAGACACAUGGCUGUAACUUUAGUUUUCAACUUACAAAUUUACAGUUACUAUUUUAAAAGUGAGGAAAUAUGUCACGGUCUGAUAUAAUAUAAUAUGACACGAUAAGAUAGCACAUGAUUCAAUGCCAUAUGAUGCAGUACAAUGCAGUAUGUUAUGAAAUGAUACAGUAUGAUACGAUAGAAUAUGAUUACAUCACUCUUGAAAACUGUCAUUCUAAACAACAGAGAUGACUUGAAUUACAAAUGUUUGGGUCAAGUGAUAUUCAGGGGCUUAAUUCAGGGGGAAAAUAAGGCAUGCUUUUAAUUUCCAUGAGGUAACCUUCCCAAAAGGUAUCUAUCUAUCAAGACCAUAAGUUACAGCAAAAUCAAAAAUAAAAGGAUAAUGAAAAGGAGUCCACAAAAUAAACUUUCUGCGUUGGUUUUUGAGAAAAGAACUUUGGUGAAGUUCAUGAACUACAAAUUAUUUGAUCAUAAAAAAUCUUCUGCUUUACUGAAUCGUUUGGCUGGUUCCAACCUCUUAUUCAGCAUUAAAGAAUUGUUUUUUGAGACAUACUCAGCAACUUUUUCAUUCAGUGUGUUCGGUCUCUUUAUAGCAGAGGUUCUCAAGUCCAGUCCUCGAGCCCCCCCCACUGUCCUGCAUGAUUUGGAUGUUUCCCUGCUCCAACACACCUGAUUCAAAUGAUCAGCUCGUUAUCAAGCUCUGUAAUGGCUUAAUAAUGAGCUAAUCAUUUGAAUCAGGUGUGUGCAAUGCAAUAUUAUACUUAGGGCUGGGUCGAUAUGCUUCUCUCCCGAUUUAAAUCCUCUAAAUUUUUUUGGAUGCUGAUUCGAUUUAAAUUGCAAUUCUACGAUAUUGUCAAUUUCUCAAUUUUCAGUCUGCAUUUUUAACACCAGUGCAACAGCUGAAUGAUUAGGAUUGUCUUCUGACUAUUCCAGGAACCAUAUUUCCCCAAAAAAGACACCUCACAUGCAAGUCAGUUUUUAAGAUUUAUACUCAAAUUUGAAAAAAAAAAAAAAAAAGAUAGAUUUUUGAACAUAAAAAUUGGUGUGGAUUUAAAAAUUGUAAAACAGAAAACUGUAAUACUUAUAUGAAUCGACCCCUAAUUAUACCAUACAUGGAAUUAUAUCUUUUCCCCUCGAGGAUAAAUAAAGUUCUUCUUAUCUUAUCUUACAAUAUAACUGCAAGUUUAAAGAGGUUAUUGUGAGUACCUGGAGUGUCAACAUGGGUCAGUUAUGGUCAAGUUUACCCCUUUCUUUAUUCCUCUUGCUAACACAGGUUGAGGAGUGUGUAAUUCACCACAUUUAAUGAAUCCACCACCCAUCAAUGCUGGGAUAAUGGAAAUAUGAGCCUUUUUUAAUGGAAAAUAAACAGCAGACGAUCAUGUUGGGUCAGAGUCGGCGUCAUUAGCUCUUGUUAGAUUUUGAUCCAUGGUUUCUGGCUCUGAAACUGUAGCUUUGAGUUCAAGACUCUCUUACAAAAACAGCCUUUAAUAACAUCAGCAAUCAAUACAGUGCCUGUAGUAGGAUUUCUGAAGUCAGCACAUAUUUAAGUAUUAAUGAGAAAUGUUGCUUUAUAGAGUGGUAUAAGAUGCCAUUUCCUGCACAGACUCUCAAGACUCCAGUUUCCCCUUGUGUCACAUUACUUCUGUAUUGAUCGGUCUUCAGGCUCUGGGAUUUAUUUGGCUCCAGCAGAUAAUAAAAGUCUCCCUCUCUCUCUUUCCCAUUCCCUGCCUUUCUCCUUUAUUGCUGUCCCCGUCCAGGUAAACAUGCAGAGGACAUAUUCGGAGAGCUGUUUAAUGAGGCCAACACUUUUUACUUGCGUGCCAACUCUCUCCAGGACCGCAUCGAUCGGCUGGCUGUCAAGGUCACGCAGCUGGACUCGACUGUGGAAGAGGGUGGGUCAGAUGUCUGAGUGUCUGAGGGAAAAGUAGUCGUGAUUCAGCGUACAAGUGGCGUCACUCUCGUGUUUUCUGCCUCUACUACCUUUGCCAUUUUAAAUCUUGUAAUCCUAUCCCGACAUUUCUUCCCGUCUGCUCUAUAGUUUCUCUGCAAGACAUCAACAUGAGAAAAGCCUUCAAGAGCUCCACCACUCAGGACCAGCAGGUGGUGUCCAAGAGCAGUGUGCCCAACCCUGUCCGGGAGAUGUACAACCUGAGUGACAAGCCUCCUCCGCUCAACAUCCUCUCAACCUACAGGUCAGCGCUGCAGACACAUAAACUCUCAGCAGCCGUUUUGACUAUUACAUCAGCCGUGGUCUUUGUCUUCUCACCAACAUGAGCUUUUCAGUGCUGAACUUUUGUGUUUUUCAUAACUUAAGCAGGGGGAAACAAACAAAAUAUGAACAGAUAUAUGAACAGAUUGUAACCUGAUGUGUUAAAGCUCAAAUUUCAAGUUUAAAUGCAUUAACAAUACUUCAGUCUGUCCACCCCUCUUGGUUGAGUUCGUCUCGUCUCUGACCUACAUUUACAGUGAAACAGCACAUUUUCUGCUGCAAGUCUCUUGCUGCUUUUAUCCAGCGUGCUUUCCAGGUGCAUUACAUAUUUAGCUCGACUGGCUCCAGAGGGAAUCAAACACUAACCCAGACUACUGAACACUUUUCUCUCUCUUGUCUGCAGCGUCUCUGUCUCGCUGCUUUUUCACUCUCCCCUCCUGUUAUUCUCAGUUCUUCAUCAUGAUUUCACAGCCCUGUCACCCUCGUCUUUGCAAAAGUCAAAGCCUCCCAUAUUUCAAACCUAAACCUCUACUCUCAGACACACAGUCAAAAAUAUCUUUAUACAAUUUAUUGAGUCCAUUUAAUAAAGUUUCUAUACAAAGACAGCUUCUCACCUUGAAACCUUUGUUCUGUUUCUGUAGGGAUGACUGCAAAGAAGCUCUGAAGUUCUACACCGAUCCCUCCUACUUUUUCGACCUGUGGAAGGAGAAGAUGCUGCAGGACACAGAGGAUAAGAGGAAAGAGAAAAGGAAGCAGAAGGUGCGAAUCUUCCCUUUGUUAUUUAUUUCUUAAGUUACUUUUAAUAUUGGAUCAAACGGCCUAAAUCCGUUCCUUUUCCUCCCAGGAGCAGAGGCGUUGUGUGGACGGCACAUUACAGAGGGAGGUAAAGAAGGUCCGAAAAGCACGAAACCGCCGUCAGGAGUGGAACAUGAUGGCUCUGGAUAAAGAGCUGAGGCCCGAUCAUCGACACACCAUACACCGAGACAGAGGAGCUUCCUCAGAGGGCUCGAUGUCUCCAGAGAACAGGUAGGACACUGCAAAGUCCUGGUUUUUCUAGUAGUUUUGUUGUCUUGACUUUGUAUCUGAAUAUCUCCCCCUGUUUAAAUGUUUUAACGUCUUUCUAUCCGUCUGUUUGUUGCCCUGAAAUAAAACCCUCACUUUGAAAAUAAUAUCUUUACAUUUAGUUUUUUUUUCCUAUGUCAAUCUCCAUCUUCCUGUCUCCCUCUCAGGGGUCAUGGUCCCGACCAACUCCACUACCCCAACUCCAUGAACCAUGCUGGCCACGCCCACACCUAUUCCGGCCCCCCGCCCAGUGUUCUGGCAGCCCAGAUGGCAGCCGGUCACGGUCCUCGAGGAGGAACAGAACAUGAUAACCGAGGAAGAACUGUGAUGGCCUAUCAGGGUGGGACACUGGGACGCUCUCACCAUCACCAUCAGCAACACGUUCCGCUCCCUCCUCCACCCACUGAGGCUAUGAAUGGUGGUUCCAUGUCCCUCCUACCAAUGGACUACAGGUAUAUUUACUGAACAAAAGAGGCCAUUAUCCUUAUUUUUAUGACUAUUUUUAAAGUCUAGAGUUUUCAGAUUUUACUGCCAGUAAUUCAGCUGUUGCGCAGUUGAGUGUUUGCUGUUUUUCUGUCUUGGCCGGGUUGUUAAUUUAAGCACCAUUAAAGUGAGCGUCUAAAAUUAAAAGCAAAAUUAGGGCAACAAAUUAAUCCUGUAAUAAUCCAAUAAUGUUGUUUGGCUAAAUCAGGUCUCACCAGUGCAAAGGAGAGACUGGUUCCCAACAUACCAGAGUUACAUCACUGUCUGUAACACUUUAAUACAAUCUUCUCUAAAUAGUUUUAUGUCCAGUUUCUCAAGCCACGAAAGGCGCUUAUCAAAUCCACUCCACUCAACUUUAAGUCAAUGCUGCCCCCUGGUGGUUAAGUAUUGUUAUGCUAGGCUUUCUUCCUCUCACAGGUUAGGACUCCAGAUAGAAAAUCAUCAAUCCAAACGACUCACUUUUUGUUCAUAUCUUCUUUCUUGCAGCUUGGAUGGUUAUGCAAACACCGGUCCUCCUCCCCCUCCUCCAGCCCCUCUCAUCCCCUCUGCCCAAACUGCCUUCGCCUCACCCCCUGGAGGUCCGAUGUCUCCGGGGCCAAUGCCAGGUGCUGGCGGCUACGCUCCGCCUCCACCACCUCUUUCUGGGGCCCAUGCUGCUCCGCCUCCUCCUGGUCCUCCACCGCCUCCCCUUCCAGCUGGUGCCUCUCAUUCCACAACCCACAAGAUGUCUUCCUCCGCUCCUGCUGAGACCGCAGUGGUCAGCGAUGCCCGCAGCGACCUGCUGGCUGCUAUACGCAUGGGUAAGAGAUGUGUGUGGGUCAUUUAUUAUAAACACAUGGCUUCAACCAACCACUAUUUAUAAUACUUAUAGACCCUAUCAUUAAUAUUUACUGCCUUUCUUUUUAUGUAGUUAUAAAACAAGAAGUUUGAUGUGCAAUUUUAUGCUUUCUUGGUCCUGCUAAACAUGAUAUUUUCUCUGACUGACUAGAAUACGCUGUUUUGUUAGAUUUUGAUCGGCUCUUAAUUCUUUUUUUUUUUUGAUACUCAUUUAUAUAAAAAAAGUGUUAACCAAUCAAAAGAUAACUCCAUGAUAAAAGUAAUGCUUUAUAGAUUCAGCUUCUUUGUAUUUAGGAGCUACUUUGUCUCUGUUAAAGAUGUAUGCCCUGUGCUUUCCUACAGGCAUUCAGCUGAAGAAGGUACAGGAGCAGCAAGAGCAGCAGGCGAAACGGGAGCCAGUCGGAAACGACGUGGCCACCAUCCUGUCGCGGCGCAUCGCUGUCGAGUACUCCGACUCUGAGGACGACUCUGAGCUGGAGGACAAUGAUUGGUCGGAUUAG